AUGCCUCGCCGCUCGGUGGGCGCCCCCCGCAGCCCGCCCAGCACGAGGGCGCAAUGGAAAGAAGCGCGGCGCAGUUUGAGGGAGUUUGGAGGGCUAAUGCGGCAAGAAGUCGAGAAGCUGGGGGCCAGUCUGAAACCAUACAUAUUGCACGCGGCCACGUCCUCUGUGGCCUACACAGUUGCGCUGGCUGCGGUGCAGUACACAGGAUGCCUGUGCCGGGUGUCGUGCGCCACGCCCAUCCUGGGGAGCGUCGGUGGGGCAGUCGGCGUGGGCGCCGCGUCUUUGUGUGCUGGUCAAGUCUCCCUCAUGACACACCGGUAUUUGGAAAUGGAGUCCAGGCUGAAGGGCGAGAACCUGUGGGGACGGGUCAAGAAAGUCUCGAUGAAAGCGAGGAGGGAGGACCUGAUUGUCGACGCUGCGAUGGGAUUGGCCCUAUUCAAGCUUCUUGGAGGCCGUUUUCGACACAUGAUGCCCAGCAACCUGCUCCACCCAGGGGUGUUUGCAUCUGAGUCCAUCGCAGCAGUUCGGGGAACAAACUAUGCAUCGAAACCUGAGAAAGCAGAAAUUAAGAGGUUGUUUGAGAAGUAUGGAUGCCACCACUGUGGCACAAAAAGGGGUCCAAUUAUUGCUGAUCACCAGCCUCCAUCGGGAAGGCUGGAGCCAAACCUUCAACUUUUGCAAUUCGCAGAUGAGCUGGGGUUUGGUUCUGCUCUGAAAGUGGGCUUGGAUGCUAUGAAAAUAAAGAUUGAACCACCAAAGCAGCGUUUCUUUCCUCAAUGUCGCAAUUGCUCCCAGAGGCAAGCGGCUGCAGUGCGGAGAAGGCGAAAGGGCAAUGCCCUUGUGAUGCAUUUUGGAGGGAUGAGGCCAUGGCACUUUGCAGGUGUUGUGGUAGGAUUGCGUCACUACUCCCCAAGCAAGCUGCCCCAACGGCGGCGCUGGUUAUAG